CUCUCUCCGUUCUUCAACUCUCGCCUGAGUUUCUCAGCGUUGCCCUCCCUUGAUAGAGCCCAUUCACUUUGUCAUAGACUGCUCGCCAAAGCCACCACUCGCCGCUACUCAGGCAGCUACUAAUCAACACCAACUGCCGGCCAUCAUGAUGAAAACAAUCUAUGAGGUUGACGAGGAAAACCACCACGGCGGGCCUGACCCUCCCGUACCUCUGCUUCUCUAUGUCCCGUCCCACAAUGAGUCUUCCUAUUAUAUUCGAUCCUUGAAACAUCCCGUUCCUGUUUUGAACCCUCACAAUCCUCAUGUUAAUGCCGCCAAGUUCAACCCCGAACCUGACAUUUAUUACCCCGCCUGGCGGCCUCUCCCCGGUGGCUUCAGAUUGUCCGUCCCUGUCCGUCCCCUCGGCGUCUUGGUCAAGCUGACUCAAGACGGCUCUCUCAUCAAUGUGGCCUGCCCGACCCUGACUCGUCCAGACCUGCCUGGGGCCGCAAGAAAAAAGGCGCUGGACUCCACAGAGAUUCUGGAGCAAGUGUUUGCCCAUAUCGACGAGGUCACUCUCCUCACCUCUGUCCAACGGGUGAGCAAGGACUGGAAGGAAGUCGUUGACGGAUCUGUUCUCUUGCAGCGGAAGCUCUUCUUCAUGCCCGACGAGACGCGCCCGCUCGAGCCGCAUCCGCAGGCGAGACGCGAGAAGGGCUCAGAUUCAGGCAAAGUAUAUCCCGUCUUGAACUCGCUGUUGGUCAGGCAUUUCCGCAGCAGCUUCUUCCCUGUCGGCGGCAAGUUCUACGGCUACACGCGGCGGUCUGAAUCCUUCUACGAGCAGCGAUGGACCUCCAAGCACAACAAGCUCAGGCUGAAGAGGAAACUGGAUACAGGCUACAACAAGUACGAGUCUGUCACGCCCGACAUGAACAAGGCUGAAGCUCUCCAGAUGGCUCUGGAUAGAGAUCGCUUCACGCGGGCCGGCGCAAGUUGGCGCAGAAUGCUCGUCUCGCAGCCCCCUAUCCCAGACUUUAUCGCCAUGGACUUCUCGCCAAAUGGUCCUGGUGCUCCAAAGUCGCAAGAGAGGCUCGAAUUCUGCAUCCUCAACGCACAUCAUCCGGACAAAGGCCUUUGCAUGGGUCAGCUGUACGACUUCGUGCAAGACAAAGUCGGCAACCACCCACUGGACUCGCUGUGGUAUCGCGUUGUCUGGUUUGAGCCGCGAGCUCCCUUUGCGUCAGACCUCAGCGAGGACGGCUGCGGAAUCAUGUUUGACGACAUGGACACGAAAUGUGUGGUUGAGAUGUUUCACCGGGAGGAUGAGGCCAAUAUUUUUUCUCCUAUUCCGUCUUCUUCGUUUCCUUCAUCCUUUGCGAGGGCGGGACCUUUGUUGUCUUCUAUUCCCGUACGGGCGGGGCCUUUGUCUUCUUCUCGCUCGUGUGCCUCUGCUUCUAGAUCCAGGCGCAAUCCGCCAAGCUUGAAAGCUUUUGAUGCCAUCUUCAAGUGCGCCGAGUUUAGGCCUGAGGACUGGAGCCCGGCCCAGGAGGUGGUCGACUAUGGCAGCGUGACGCACCGGACGCUUAUACGGUUGGAAGACUAGGAUACCUUCCUUCUUUUUCAGUGAACAAGAAGAUGAAUUUGGGUGGAAAUAAUUGUCCCAGGAGCCCUUGGGCACAGCACUUGGGCGGCUGCAUUUUCUCGCCGUCCCCAUGGCUUAUGCGGGUGGGUGGGUGGCCAACAUGGGGACUGGCUUAGAUUGUUUUCUGCAUUUCCUAGAGUCGUCUUUUCCUUUUUAAUCUCUCCUUGGGGUCAUCUUCUGGGCGCUUGUCGGCUGCAGGGACUUUUCCUUUCUUAUUUUCCCUUCUUAAUACCGUUCUUCAUUCCAAGACGGUCCAUAAUCCACGUUUUCUUCUUUCUGUUACGGACCGCUCUCGAUACCAUUUCUUUGACUCUGUUCGCUAUCGAUACCUUUCUGACUUUUAUUUUCGCUGGAGAGGGCUAAUUUGCUUGACUGUUUUGAGAUUCGCAAGUCUGUGGGAGACUUCUGUAAUAAUGGAACAAAUGGAUGAGUGUACGCUAGCUAUGUUAUUUCGUUCGGUAUUCGCAAAUUACCUUUGCUUUUUCAUUACCCGUA